AUGUCUUCAUCAAAGACGCACACCGGCGGCCAAGGAUCCACUACCGUCACUGAAAAGCGGGUCAACGGAGGAACACAGAGCAAGGGAGAGGCGGCCGGUUAUUAUGGAACGCCAACGAAUCCCCUAUCAUCGGCAUAUGGAGGAGGCCAGGACGCGUCGACGUAUUGUGGAACGGAUACUGGCGGAGGAGUAGGUAUGUAUGGCUCUUCCCAGUCUACUAACUUACAGGGAAAUUCGUCAUAUACGACCGCGACUGGAGGGACCGCGUCCGCGGGAGUCUCACCAGGAAAACCGACCGCGGCGGUGGGAGUCGGUAGCAACAGCAGUUACUACAACCCGGUGCCAGUCCCACAGGCCUCCCCUUAUUAUCCAGGAGGCAAGCCGACAUCCACAACGACUGCCGCGACAACCAGUGGAUCUUACACGACCCAUGAAGGGGGGUCCGCAUCGUACUACCAAAGCAACACCAACCAUUCGGCCUCCCACCAGGCUGCAUCUAGCUCCAGCACAUCGCACCAUGCAUCUGGAAUACCCGGACUUACGGGCGCUUCCGCCGCCGGAGGUGUCCUUCACAUUCCUCACUUACACGCCACACACGGCCACAGUGGCUCCCCACCUCCCCUCCGUCAGUCCUUUAGAAAGAUUUGGGAAAACAUCAAGGCGGAAGAGCGCGAGACGGUCGGAAACUUCGAGCUCUAUUCCGAAAUCAUGGGCAUUUGUCGAGACUGUUUCACCCCGGGGACCACCUAUGCGGAUGCGCCGAGAAAACAUCACUAUGGACAACGCUGGCACCCCAAGAAGGGCUGGCGCGUGAGGAGGAAGAAAACCUCUAGGAGGGUGUUGUUUGGAUGGUUUGCGCGAUCUGGGAGGGGUGGUUCUAGUGCUUCCUCCAGCAGUACUAGCAGCAGCAGCAGCAGCAGCUCCUCGGACAGCGGCUCGGGUCUAUCGGACAAUGCCCGAAAGAGGAAAAGAUUGCAGAGGAACAUUCGAAGAGAGCAAAGAGCGCUGAGGAGGCAAGACAAAAGAGAAUCCAAGUACUCGUCCCAUUCUUACCAUAGGCGCCGUGAUAGCAGCAGCAGCAUGCUGUCCAAUCCUGGCGAUUUUGCGAAGAGCAUGUGGAGAACAGUUACCGGGAGCACCGCCGGUUCUGUGUCGGGAGAGUCUGAUUCCCGUCACCGCAGGGGCGAACGCCAUACUGUCACGAGGACUCGUAAACACUCCAGCGGUGUGUUAAGAGGUGGUGAUUUGGCCAAGGCCAAGGAAAGUAGUCUUUACUACAACCCGGGAUAUGACUCCGAUGGCCAUGCUCACCCAUACCAUUACACUGCGGGUACUAGUGGAGCCAAUGGACGGAAGCACCACUCGGACACCUCGGCGUCGUUCUAUACUGGGCUGCUCGGUAUAUCCGAUCACAAAGGCAAGGGCAAGCAUUCCGAAAGUUAUCACCAUUCCGGGUCUUCUAGCAAGACUUCACUUCCGGGAUUAAUCCAGUUCCCGACCGAGACUUCGUCCGGCGGGGAGGAGUCGGGACUCCAAUAUGGUGUUUUGUACUCGUCUUCACCGAGUUCUUAUGAAUCGAGCAAGAACACGGGUAUGUUCUCGUACUUCUUUGGGUUAAAGAAGGGAUCCAAGGGCAGGAAACAAAGCCGGAGGUCGAAAUACUCGUCAUCUACUACCUAUAGUUCGAGUCAUCGUCAUGGCCGCCAUAUAGUGGGCGGCGGCUCUGAUCCCUAUGCUAUGCGUGAUAGGAGGAAGGCCAGAGUCACUGGGUCAUCGUCAUCAUCGUCAUCGUCAUCGUCAUCCUCCCCCUCCUCCUCCUCCUCGUCGUCGUCUUCAGACAAUGAAUCCAAUUAUUCCGGCCUCAUCUACGGCUCUCAACACAAGAAGUCCAGGAGAUCAACCGAUUCGUUCUCUGUAACGAGUGGCAAGUCGUACGCUGGGUCAAUUGCGGAAUCGUUCAGAUCCACUGGAAGCAGAAUUUCGAGCGUCUUCGGCAUUGGUAAGCGCAGAAAGAGCUGGAGUGAUUACGGUACCCCACAGUCGGGUCACCAUCAUCAGUCUCCGUCAAAGCAUUCUUCUGGUAGCGCAGCGAUCGGGAUCUCCGGACGCGACUCUGGUGGAUCCCGGAAAUGGCCUAAGGGUUCUAGUAGUGGUCUUGUUGGCGGUGCGAUGGGUGUUGCUGGUGCCUGGGCUAGUCGCGGCGGACGCUCCAGGAAACACUCAGCUAGUCAUUAUGGACGUUCUUCAUCGGCUUCGUGGACCACCGGCGGGACUCGUCACGGUGGCUUCUUCAGUGGUGAUACUCGCGCGUCACGGUCUGGAUCAGUCAGUUCGCGUCUUAGCUCUAGCAGUGGUGGUAGCUGGUAUGAAGGCAAAGCUGGAGGAAAAGAGAAGCAACGAAAGCCGUAUGUUUUCCAGGCCGAGGUCACGAAGGUUACGUCGGGGAGUAGUGGUGGUGGGGCUCGCGAGGGGGCUGUCGUUUCGAAAACGACUACCGAAAGUAGGGUAUAUCCGGGGGGUGAGAGAGGCCGGAAGGAGGCUUUUAUGGGACGGGAUCAUUCCCCGAAGAGGUCUGCCUCUGUAACAACUACUACGGUUGUGCGAGAAGGGAGGUCCCCCCAUCGAUCGGAAACGGUUUCUGGACGCAAGAGGGCUAGCUCUGCAGAUAGUUGGGAGUCUGCUGAUUCGCGUCACUCGAAGCACAAGAGUCAUCACCAUCGCAAGACUGCAACAACCACCACUUCUGGUUCCGGUGGUGGGCUCCUCAGUAUUUUUGGUAGGAGCAAUUCGCGGAGAUCGGAGAGGAGUAGGAGUAGAAGUAGAGAUUCAAGAAUGAGGAAGAAGAUAGGACGCGGGAGCUCGGAAUCGGAUCUUUUCUUCACUAGAGACGGGAGGAUUAUAAGUGAAAAUGCAAAGACCGGAGUCACGAGGACUGUUCUGGAUGUAUCGGAAUCCAGCAAGGAUGUAAGCAAGGUACGCAGAUUUCAACGUUAUCGACCGGGGCGGAGAGAGAAGAAGAGAUUGCUGAUAUUGGGGGGAAUGAGCUGAUUGGGUAAUAUAGGCUACGGAGGCCGACUUAAGGUUCGAAACCACAAACUAUAUCCCUAGCGACGCCUCUUACACAAUCGAACAACAGCAGAAAUUCCGCGAAGCAGACAGUUAUUACAAAGAGUUAUGGCGUCAGCAGCAAUCAAAGCCUUUUUUAGGCCAGCCACCACUACCAAAAGUGGCCGGGACGGUAGUGGUGGAGAGGGGUAUCAUCAAGGGGGAGCACGGAGAGAGUUUGGUGAGGCCAAUCCCGGUACCGAUACAACCAGCACCAGUAAACGCUAGCACGUCGGUUAAUAGUACGUUUGCACAUCACCACACUACUCAUUCAAGUAGCGUGACUUUUAAUAAGUCGGAGUCCAUUUCUACAUCUGCUGCGCGGCAGGUAUCCGCGGGUGUCGAGUCUCAGUCACGUUCGGAAGUCGCCGGUUUGGCCGGGGCUGUUGCUGCCGGAAUCGUUGGUGGUUUGUCAGAGAGAGAGAAAGCGCAUAAAACUGAAGAGGAGCGGAGGGGGAUAUGGAGACAGGAAGAACACGGAGGUGCCGUUGAGGUGGGGCAUAUGUUUGGGAAAGAGGGGCCGGAGGAGCGGAUGAAAGGGGAAGAGCAUCGCGCGUUUGAGGUUUCCCGUGUUCAGAAAGAGCAGCACGAGAGGAUGAUGUAUGAGGAGCGCGUGAGAAGGGAGGUGGCUAAGAAGGAGGCUAGAGAAACGGGGCAAUUAAUUUAUGAGAGGCAGGAGGCUGAGCGGCUCCGCAAAUCACAGGAGGAGCGACGAAUCCAGCUUGAUCUCGAGCUUCAAGAAAAGCGUCGUGACGAAGAGGCGCUCGAACUUCAACGAAUUCAGCUCACCCUGGCUCGGGAGCGUGAAAACGAGACUAUUCGACGUAUCGAACAGGCGAGGCAAGAAGAUAUUGCCCGCAAAGAGCGUCUCGCUAAAGAGGAACGCUCCCGGAGAGAAGAGCAGGAGCGGGCCACCGAAUACCGGCGCCGAAUGGAGAUGGAGCGGGAAAAAGCCCGUGCCCUUAAGCUGGAGGAGGAGCAGAAGGCCAUGAUGGCGUUACAGCUCAAGAGAGAGGAGGAUGAGAGGAGGAUACAAUUGGAGAAGCAAGUCGCUUUGGAGAGGGAGCGGGAGAGAGAAGUAAGAGCUGCGGAAGAGAGAGGACAAAUGUCCGUUCUUUAUGAGAUGAAGGGACUUGAAGAGGUGGAGUUUGAGAGGAGAAUGUUCAUGCAGAGAGAGCGAUCGAAGCAAUUGAGAGAACAAGCACUUCAGAGAGCCCAGUACGAAUUUCAAAGAGCGAGGCAGGCCGAAGAGGAGGAGAAACGCAGAGUCCAAAUCCAAGUUGAAGCCGAGAAGGAUCUUCAGAGGAAGCGGUUGGUAGAAGAGGAUGAGAAGCGACUGGCGGAACACCGUGAGAAGAAAAGGAUGGAGGAGGAGAUAGCAAGACAGCUGCAUGCCCAAGCCGAAGCCGAGAAAUUGAGGGCGAAGCUCCAGAAGCAGCAGGAAGAGGAGCGCAGACUGAAUAUGGAGGAGGAGAUGACUCGCACACUGCAGGCGCAGAUCGAAGCUGAGAAGGUUAAGGAAGAUCAACGAAAGCGGGAAGAGGAGGGGACACGUGACUAUGAGCUCCAGGUUGAAGAACACAAGCGCACAAUUGCGGCAGUCGAGGCAAAGCGUAGAGACGCGGAAGAAUUCCAAGUGAUGGAGCAAGAAAUCCAACUCGAGCACGAACGAAAUGCCGAAGAGGAGCGCCUCAUCCAAAUGGAAGUUGAUCGCCGUCUCGCGGCAGAGCGUGCGGAGCAAGAACGCAUUGAUCUUGAGGCGAAGGCCGCUGAACUCAAAGCCCAGAUGGCUGUCCUUGCCGCUCGGCAGAAAGAGGCUCGUGAAGCUCGUCGGCGCAAACGUAAGGCGGAUCCUAACUAUCGUGAGCGCGAAGUGAGCAGGAACCGGGAGCGGUCGAGGGAGCGUGAAACCGAACGAGAGAAGGCACGAAGGGAGCAAGUCGAGAUGAUACGGAAGAGUGCCGGUUUGGAUGAGAAGCCUAGCAAGAGCAGGAGGAGUGUUAGCUUUGCAGAAUUACCCACAAGACCGGUCGAGUUUGUUGAGCGUAGCUGGACGUUCCCCGGAGGUGUUCCGAUGCUUGUGCAGACUGCACCAACUCCUCCGCCUGGAACUCCCAAGGCUCCAUUGUUGGUCCAUGUUGAUCCUAAUAGUUUCCCGCCGACUGGAAAGGAGAAGGAAGGGGAGUCUUCGAAGGAGCAAUCUGGGGCACAGGAGCUGGAGGGGCAGGGACUUGAAAUUGGGUCUCCCGAAGUAAUUGUUGCAAGCCCUCCACCGGGCAGCCCCGAGGUCGGCUUUAGCACCCUGGAUAAGGACAUUGCCCUCGGAACGCCAUUUGCCGGUAUUCCUGUCGCCCCGCAGCCAAAUAAUGCGGUAAAAACCGCUGAGACAGUCAUCGCUAUCGGCACUACCGAGGAGUCGCAAGGGGCCACAGAAGAGCGGCGUGGUCGCCAGAGGAACGUCUAUUAUGGCCCCAUGCUCCCGGAAGGUUAUCAGUUCCGAAGUGCACAGCAUGAAGGUUUCUACGGACCUGAGCUGCCGACAGAUUAUUCCUCUGCCAGACCUGGCCCAUCGAUGCCAGUUGCUGAGGCUGUGUAUUUUGACCGGUCCCCGCCCGUGGCUCAUGGGCCUCCGCUUCCGGAUAACUUCAAAUCCCCUAGGGGCCCCGAUUCGGAGAGCUCGGAAGAAGGUCGAUUCCACUCACCCGCAGAGUUCACAGAGGUUGAGUUGAAGGAUUACUCGAAGCCGCCGCUGGCUUAUGGUACGAUGCCUUGUGAUCUUGGGGAUAUUCUUAAAGCUAAUUUCUCCAUAGAUGAAGAUGUCUCGGGUGCGUCUUCGAUGUAUGUUAUUAACACAGCCGAAGUUUCCUUGGACAACACAGCUGAGGUAUCCCGGGAUGGCUCUUGGGAGAACUUGGCUUUUGAUGCGGCUUUGGAGUCUAGAAAAGGAAAGCAAGCUACAGUUGAGGAAGUUGUCGAGCCGGUCGAAGGAAAAGGGUGGAAGAACACUGAGAUGUAUGGCGGGGGCGUAUUAUCAUCUGUUGAUAUAUCAAAGUCGGAAGAAGUUACGUCUGAGAAUGGUACGUGGCCUUUUGAUCAUAUCAUCCAAGGAUGCCUUCACUGAUUGGUUGUUAUAGAUACGAUUUACGGACCUGAAUUACCCGAUGGCCCUGCUUUUGAGAUAUCUAAGUCUGAGGCGGUAGUGUCUACUCAUGAGGAGAGCAAGACUGAAGUUUUGGGGGAGAAUGCAUCUUAUUACGAGUCAACACCGGAGCAAUUCCUGCAAGAGGUUGAGGUGGCGGCUCGCCUUGAAGCGGUGGAAACGCGGCAACAGAAUACCCUUUAUGGCCCACCAUUGCCCCAAGGCUAUUCAUUUGGGGAGAGCAAAUCUACUUCCUCGAUUGAUGAUAGAGCUUAUUUCCGCUCUGCCGAUUCGAAGACUUCUUCUCAAGCGACUGUCGCCCAAGCUGCGGAAGGUGGUUAUGAAUUGCAUAGAAGCUACGCGGAACAAAGCAAAUUUGAGGGAUCAUCUGAAUCUUACAAUUUGUCCAGAUCGGGGUCGGAGCAGGUCACACCCGAGGUGGUCGCAUAUGGGCCGCCACUUCCUCACGACUUUGUUUUUGGGGUUGGCUUUGAGGGGAGGAGUUCGAGAGGACUCGCCAGGGAACCAUCGUCGUCGCUUCCUGUUUCCGGGCCCCAUUCUUACUCCGAGUCUGAGUCUCGGUCUGAAUCUCAGAGCACUGGAUCAACAUCUCGGGGCACCGCCUAUUACGGGCCUCCACUGCCGGAGGGAUUUGAAUUCAGGAGGACUCGCUCGUCUAAACGUAGGUCACGCCAGACUGGCGACGAGAGGCCUGUGCCCUACUCAUCUGAAUCUCGCUCUGAGUCGAGAGUCACAACCUCGGAUGCCCAGGAUAUGGUCUUCGGGCCUCCGUUGCCAGAAGUUGGGAAAAGGAGUAGUGGGUCGGAGAAGAGGAGCUCGCGUGAUGUCUCUGCUUCAUCAUCUACCGAUUCGGUGGUGUAUCGUCUCGCAAUGCCGGAGGAUGUGCAGCUGCAAAGGAGCACAUAUGAACGCAGGUCUCGAACUACUUUUGACACAAAUGUUCCAUCCCCGACUGAAAGCCAGUCUGCAGCGCCGGAGGGCCAUAGACUUAGGAGAAGCCAGACUGAGCGAGUCGGACCCCAACACGGUGUUGAUGAGAGGCCUAGAUCAUAUAUAUCUGAUGCCAGAUCCUCAGGGGAAGCUCUCGAUCACAGGCAAGGCGCUCCAGCCCCCGAAAGCCGUCGCCUUCGGAGAAGCAAUACUGAGCGCGCGGAGCCUCGACGGUCUCAUGAGGAGAGAUCAGGAGUUUUUUCUGAGUUUAGGUCUCGACCAGAUCCUUCUAUUACAGACGUUCCAGGGGCUACAGAUACUCAAUACCAGUCUCAACCUAUCACCACAGUCACCGAAGAGCGCGGAACCACGCAUAGCGAAUAUAGAGAAGUUCUCGCCCAGCGUUCAACAUCCUACUCUUCUGAGCCUACAUCUAGCGACACUACAACUACUUUCGUUGGCUCCGCGGAGAGCCAAGCACAGGUUCGGACAGGCCGAGGAAUGCCACCAAUGCCCGAAGGGCAUAGGCUUAAUAGAACCCAGACUGAGCGUGCCGAUACUCGACAUGCUCUCGUUGAUGAGAGACCAACAUCCUAUACUUCCGAGUCAAGAUCUGGCGUCGCUUCGGGCCCCUUUGAGCACAAAAUCCAGCUUCCUAAUAUUCCUGGUGCCCCGCCAGUGCCCGAAGGACCUAGAUUUAAGAGAAGCCAGACUGAGCGUGUCGAUGCUCGACAUCCUAUUGUUGAUUCUCGGAGCGCUUUCGUUGAGGAGAGAGCGACUACUUAUUCCUCUGAGUCCCGGUCGAGCGAGGUCACUGCUUCAGUUCCCGGAUCUUCAGAGCAUCAUCAAAUGCAGUCUGCAACAGUUCCUGUAAUCCCACAGCUGCCCGGAGGUCAGAGGCUCAAGAGAAGUCAGACGGGGCGCGUCGAUCCCCCAUCCAUUGUUGAAGGAAUGGGGACUUCAUCCUCUUCGGAGCCCCGAGCUGAGGGUCCGGAGCGCUGGCGUGCGUUCCCAGAGGGUCAUAGGCUUAAGAGAAGUGCGACUGAGAAGGCGAGGCCAACGAAGACUAGACCUACUGCUGAUGAGCGUGCUCCAUUUUAUUCUUCCGAGGCAAGGGCUAGGUCUGAUGAGCUUAUUGCGGGUAUUGGUGAGUGCUCAUGAUUGCCGAUUGGACCACAUAGGACUAAGGGGUUUUAGAUGGCGUGCAGAAUAUGCCCGGGGGACUCCCGUUCCAGCGAAAUACAUCAUCUAGUAGUGUUGGUAGUCAAAUGCAUGGAUAUGACUCUUCAAGUAUGUAUUUGUGGUCUGCAUAGUAAAGAGCCUUCUAAUUGUCUCCUAGGAACUAAAUCCGGCUACUCUGCCGACGUUACUUCGGCUUCAGAAUCAGAAUUUGCGACUCCUCCUACGGGGGGAACUCUGGAUAAUACCCCUACCGCCACUACUCGUAACACUCCGGUUUCGCGACAAACCCUUCAAGGUAGCCGGGAAGGAUCACGCUCUGUUACUCCCACGCCACCAAGCCGGAGAUCUACCGAAGAGAAGAAACAGGAGAAUGCAGAAUUCACGGCAAUCGCGAUGGCAGCGGCUGAGGACGCGGGAUUCAAUCCUGGGCUCGUUUUAGGUGAAGCGAUCACAGCGACUCCUGAGGCUACCAAACCUCCUACACCAAUUGACCCCCGCUCCGUCGAGGAGGAAGAGACAAAGAAUGACAGAAGCAGGAGUAUGUCGAGAAUUUCCGAGGUCUUGAGGACUGGUUCUCGAUCUAAGUCCAGAAGGCAGAGGGCUGGGUCGUUGUUUGGGCGGUCGAAGGCUCCCGACCCGAUGAGCCCAGAUUCGCGAGCUGAUUCUAUGACCCCCGGCUCUGGUGGUGUUUCUUUGGAGUCUUCACCUCCUACUCUUGAGAGGAGAUCUACGGAUACCGCCCGCAAGAUGUCUCUUACAGCUAAUGUGCUCUCGAGCAUGAAGAGAUUUGGAGGUGGUGGCGAUAAGUCUCAUCCGCAGGGUGUUCCGGGGGAAGCCGAACGUCGUGUUAGCCUUGAUCAGUCGCCCAAUACGCCUCAUACUACGCCUCCAGCUUCUAUCAUGGAUGGAUGGAUACCGGGACGUAGAUCGAGAAAGAGCAGUGUCACAUAUCAUAGCGAUGAUUCUCAAAUGUUGGAAGAGACUGAGAGGCUUGCUGCCGGGUCUGGUACUGAGAGUAAGAAAGAAAAGAAGGAGCGUAUUGAGAGAGAAAAGAAGGAGAAGAAAGAAGAGAAGGCGAGGGAGAAGAAAGAGAAGAAGGAAGAGAAGGAGAGAUCCUCUGGCGAGGGGGGUUCUCCCGAGUCCGGAAAGUCUCGGUGGGGGGGCCUCCUCGGUAGGUUGGGCAGUAAGCAGGCAACUCCUGCCUCUUCACCAUCCAGACCUAGCGUCGCAGGUGUAGCGCAGAAGGCUAUGGUUGAAGCUGCACUUACCAAAAGCCCACCGCUGCCAACCCGCUCAGGGUCUGACGAGGGAGAAACCCACACGCGCCCUACUACCUCCUCCGGCAGAUCAUUCCGUUCCUUCGCUGGAGUGUUUGGCGGAGGCAAAUCGGACCAUCAUGCCACAGAUUCUGCCAGUGCUGCAUCGGCAUCUAUCCAUAAUGAGAGUCCCACCUCGCAAGAUCUUGGCAGAUCCUCUUUUGAUACCGGUCAAUCAGAUCAUGUUGAAGCACGCAUGGCGACGUUCCCGGGAUCUCAAGAGGAGGUAUCCAAUGACAGUGUCCGGGGAGGGGAGGCGAGCAAAGAGACUGUCGAAAUAUCCGACCAAGCCGGGACCCAAGUGGGCGAGAAGAAGAGGAGGGCGAUUCCAGUUCCGCGUGGCGGUCUGAGGAGGGGGAGAAGUGCUGAACUUGCAGAGUUGGCUGGAAGAGGGAGUCUAGAUGAGAGGGGGCUGCCGUCACCCAUCCCGGAACUUUCCGAGGGUCGUAAUAGUUGGCGGAAUUCUAGGGACAUUGGGAUGAGUCUUGACCAGGUAGCAGGUAUCAACCGUGCCGAUGCGCGCACUCCGGAACAGAUUCCGCUUCCUACACCCGAUGUUGUCAAUGAGGACCGGGAGCUCCAGGGCCCGGAAACCAGGAUCCCACAGCCCUCAACAUCUUCUGGCCGGAAAGGGCUUGCCCGAAAGAAGAAGACUGGUGAUUUAGCAGCAGCUUCUUCUGAAUCCAUUGACUCACUUCCGGAGCAGCACCAAAGUGGAGACGUUGACGACACAGAAGUCAGAAUGGAAAGCCGUUUGCCACAACUCAGGAGGACAGAAAGUUUAAAGGUGAAGACAACAAUCAACCCCCGGGACAGAAAACAGGUUUAAAUCGCUUGAGUUCUUUCUCCUGUGCUAAGAUUUCUUAUACUGAGCAGAGACGUUAACAGGACGACGGUUGUGAAACACCAAAACAUCCCGCCGAACCCCCAGACAUUUACGACGACCGCGAUAAUCCUUCUCCUAUUCAAUCUCCUUAUAUUUACCCUGGCCCGGACGAUAAUAUUUAUGAAUCGUAUCCGGCACUACCUAAUAGUAAUCCUGAUUCACCAUACCUACUUUCUACCAUACCAGAGGGCUUGCCUCUUAACGACUAUUUUUCGCCAGAACACGUUCCUUUACCAUUGAGCGAUCCCAAUACACCCUUCGCCCUUGAGCCUGUGCAGGAUGUCUCUCAUUUAUCUUCUCUGCCCAGCACAGAAAACUACUCACCCUUUGUGAAUUUUCACGCAAUAGGCGAUCUCCCCGCUUUACCAGCCAGCCGACCGAGCAGCCGUUCUAUUUCACCGUUUCCCCUACCUGCCCAACCCGCAAGUGAAUCUUCAUCCCCGUUCCAAUUACCUGCCAUCUUACAGGACAUUCCCGUAUUGCCUAAUAGUCCACCGCUGUCACCUGUCAUCCAACCCGAGAGGUUUAUUCGUGCAGCACCCGUCGUCGAGGACCUCGAUUCUUUCCUUUCAGGCCCUGAACCCCCCAUCGAAUCCAAGUUCCCCGAAUAUGCAAACCCAGAAGAAUUACCCGCUCUUCCCGAGAGCGAUCCUGCUUCCCCGGUCGCGAUGCAGCCGAUUCCAGAUGACUUGCCCGAACUGCCGAGGAGUGAUCCUUCUAGUCCGGUUGCAAUGUUUGCAUUGCCUGAUGACUUGCCGGAGCUGCCGCCCAGUGCGCCUCUCUCACCGGUUGUUGAAGAGCAAGAAGAGGAUUGGAGUCCGUUGGCGGACCCUCUAGAGAGCGACCCCACAAGUCCGAUUGUUCUGCGGCCGUUACCUGAUAGCUUGCCUGGGCUUCCAAGGAAUGAUACUUCAUCUUUGCCUGAGAAUCUUCCUGCGCUCCCGGAGAGCAAUCCGCUUUCGCCUGUUAUUCAGCCCGAGCAGCCAGAGGUGCAAGAUGCCUCGUCUUUCGUCGAAGGUCUCGAAACUAUUCUCGCUCAACAUGUUCCCGAGAGCGAGCAUCCGGCUUGGGCGGACCUCAAGGACUUGCCUGAAUUACCUCCUAGUGAUCCGGGUUCCCCUUAUCAACUUCCAGCUGAUCGUGAUUUUUCUCGAGUUCUGGAGCAAUUGCCCACUCUUCCUGCGGGCGGUCCCUGGUCUCCGCAUCAGUUGCCGGAGGAAGAGGGCCCUGAAGGUGGUAUCCAGCUCACUGUUGAGACCGAGCAGAUACUCGAGGAGGUUGUGGCUCUCGAAGGCGUACUUCCUGUUCCUGAGGGGUCGACUACGCCACCAGCCCCACCGAUGUACACCCCGCAGCCAAGGCCAUUUCCGGCACCUACUACUUUGCCUUCUACUGCCCAAGGCCUCGGAGUUCAGCCCCAAAGUUCAAUAGAUAUGCUCAGUGCUGCUGCCGAGAUUGGGCGUUCGCCUUCACCCUAUCAUCUUAAUAGAGGGCUACCUGAACCGGAAGUCUUUGACUUGCCCGCGUUCUUUCCUCGCUCCCGAUCAUCGUCGUUUGCCGCGCCUGUUACACAACAAGAGGUAUGUGACUGGUAUUCUGGUAUUGUUCUUGGAUGUUUACUAACAGUUAUGUAGAAUGUCCCGCACAGAGUUAGGGAGCAGGAAAUGGAACUCGCGAGGGAGGUCACUGAGCCGCCCACGCCAAACACGCCACCUACACCAGCAACCCCAGGUAAGAAUAAGAGGAAAAAUAGGAAGAAGAAGAAGAAUCAGAAGCAAUCGCGUGAAGAAAUAACCGAGGAGCCCGCUCAAGAGGAACCACUUCCACCAGUUCGAGAGGAUGUCGCCCCAGAUAUCGGCGGUGCCAGCCUGGAGCGCACAAUGACCGAACAAUCAAUUCAGUCUGUUACCACUAUUGGCGACGAGGAGGGCACACUGGUGAGAAAGGGGUCAAAGAAUCGGGGGAAGAAGUCUAGAAGAAGUUCUAGUGUCUCUAGCUUGAAUACCCCCUCUGGAUCGCAGUUCCCUGGUGUUCCGGAAUCACUCGUAGAGCAUACUACCACCGGAUCGUCUGCACAACUAAAACUAACUGAGAAUGAGCUAGAAGUGGAGGAAAAAAUAAUUUCGCCUGAUGGAUCACCCACUAUGCACAGAGAUCAUAAACCGGCUAAUCUUAAUCUUGGCUUAGCCAGGCGCUCGUCGGCUGAGUCUGGCUCGGGAGGACUUGCUGCGCUAUCGACUCCAGCUAGGAAAAAUAAGAAGAAAGCAAAAAAACCCAAGGAGGAAAGUAAACGUACGUAAACUUCUUGUACAUUCUUUAUAGUUAUUCGUACGCUAACCGAUUAUAGUUGAGUCCUCGUCUAUGGCGGGUGAUGAGUCGUUGGAACAAAUCACGGAAGCAACUGAUGAUUCUGCUCGGUUGGCUGAUGCUGAGCGAACGGAGGAAACCCGGGUAGCCGUCCAGCCCGACUCGAAAUUAUUUGGCGAUCAUACCACACCUGUUCCUGACGCAACCCCACUUGCCAGCGAAGCGAGACCGCACCCCGAUCCCUCGUACCCCGCAACUAAGCCUGAAAUUUCUACCCUUGGAGCCAAGGAAACUCGCGGUCCCCAAACAACCGCAAAUACAAUGGGUGAACACAAGCACGAGGAGCCAAUUGAACCUGAGGCCGAAGUCCAAGAACUACCAACUCCUGGAACUGAGGAGAAAAAGAAGAAAAAGAAGAAAAAGAAGAAGAAGGUGGGUGGGGAAGCGGCAGGCUCCACGAGCUCCUCAGUGGUGACUGUGAAUCGGGGUGUCGAAGGGGGCACUCAAGAUAUUGAAAAAGAGCAUGUGGUGUAGGUUUCCCUUUAGAUUUACGUAAAUGUGUGCAUGCUGACUUUGGUGUAGGGUGGAUAGCCGUCAGUUGCAAAUUGAGCCCAUGGAGUCCGAGGCUCGAGUUAAGGAAGAAGAGUUGUCGGGAGUGUUGAGCAGACCGGUAGAGGAACGGGUUUCAUCCCUAGCUGCUUCUGAGCCGAUCUCGGGCUUGAGUGAAUCCCUUGAGGCACCAAUGAAAGUUGCCGUUCCCGAUUUGCCAGCCCUCUCUUCGAGCCCACCGUCAUCUCCUCAAGCCCCCAAGUCUGAUAACGCCCCUUUCUCCCCGCCUAACGUUCGUCGCCAGUCCGCCUCCAUCGAAGGAAAGAAGCUUCCUGGCCUUCCGGAUAUUCUUGUCGGGCGUCCCGGGCUACCCUCCAGAUGGCCUUCUACUCAGGCCGAUGUCGCCACCCCAUCCACUGUGAGCGACACCGGCGGAGUGCAGCUGGGUUCCGUUCUUCAAACCCCUGGUGUUCUCGCAGAAGUUCGUAACCUUCGAAGUUUUAGUUCUUCCAGAACACAAGAGGCUAGCGGCGAGCCGGGAGAUGAGGAUAUUGGUGAUGGAGAGCUGACACGGUCCCAGACCUGGCCUCCGGCCGACCCUGACGUGGUGGCCAAUUCUGAGAUUGGCGUAGAUGACUUGGCGCAGUCUGCUGGGCAACAGGGCCCUUCGCGACCGAACACGGCUGAGUCUUCGCCAGAACAGUCUGGAUGGGGGGGGAAAGAGGGUUGGGCCCCACUAUAUCGGAUUGCGUCGCAAUUCAAACGCUAACGGUUGGUUGAAUAGGAAUUGGGGAAGAGGAUAGGGGGGAGGAGUCUCAGGAUAAGGUGAAGCCAUCAUGUACAAAUAUUUAAAUAGUAGAGUAGUUAUUUUUCUAACUUUUUGUGUGCCUUAUUAGACUAUUGUAUCGGAAACAGAGUAUCCUGCAGAAGAGAGUCAAAAAGAGCCAGUCCAUUCCGAGGAAGCCGCCACAGUAUUUACAACUUCCGAAGAACCCAUCGCAACAUUUACUGAGAACGCCGAGGAGACAAUCAUCCAAUCUGACUACUGCAAGAAUCAGCCAAUCGAAUCUCAGACCCAAGCGCCUGUUAAAACCCCUACAACCAAACCUAUCGCCGCUGAACGUCAACCAAUAUUUGCCGUCACAACAAGUCACUCACCAAGACUUUUACCGCCAUUUGAACCGCUACCAUCUAUUAAACCGUUGUUUUUACAUACAUCUCCCUCUACGUUUUCACAACAGUUAUUAUAUACGUCCCAGCUACCCGAAGCAGGGGAUACUCAACAAUUACAUGCUGCCAUCCCCCCAUCACCACAGUCACAAGUUCAAGCAUCGAAACAAACAUCGUCUGAGGCUGAAGUCUCAAUUAAGGAAAUCCCUACACCCGCGCACACACCUGAACUAGAACCCAAACCUACGCUAGAACCCGAGCCCGAACAACAAACGUCCGUUAGUUCCUCAUCAUCAGCUGAAAACCUCGACGUCUCGAUAGAAGCAGAUCCCGACUUCCAAGUCUCCGUUAGGAAGAUACCCAACGAGUCGCACCCCCGUCGGGAUAGUAUCGAAAUCAGCGUUUCGAGGCCGGGCCCCAUCUCACUGAGAGAAAGAGAGUCGCGAGCGAACAUUCACACACAGCCAUCGCUUGACUCGCUACUUAGUAUUGGAAGCUUUAUUGAGGAUAGUAGAGCUCCUUCUCCGGUUAUCAGCGAGACGAGGGAACGCGACUCCGUACUCUUUAGGGACGAGUUACCCGAGGUCUGUGAGGGGGAGGGCAGUCCUGAGAGAAGCAAAGAAGAGGCAGUAGGAGGUGCUUAUCAGAGCCUUUUUGGAGGUCCUAGCGAGAGCACUACGACUGUCACCGUUACUGCUGGUACUGGCGCUGGAAGGGAUAGAGCAAUUUCAGAUCCGUUUAUUACUAAGGAUAAACACACCACCGCACAAGAAAAGGAGUAUAAGAUUUCCACAAAGCCAUUUGAGAAACCAUAUUCUCCGGAGAAUCAGGAUAAUAGAAAAGAGGAGGAACAAGCCCCCGACACACCCACCAAACCAUUCGCCAACAAGAAGCUCCCCACAAUCCCCGAAGUCCGAAAGGUCCCUACAGAAGUCCACCCGCCAACGCCGACUCGUACCGCCAGCGCCCGAGAACGCAGGUUCAUUUCAACAGAAGACCUCAUCGCUCGCCUCACCGGACAAAUAACCAGCCACGAGCUACGCAAGUCCCGCAGUUCCGGUUUACAGCGGACCAAGAUCCCAGGCGAAGACCCAAUGGAUAUACUCAAGCGCGGCGAGCGCCGGAGGACUAUUUCCCCCUCGCUACGGCGGGUGGGGAGUCAAAUUGACAGUCCACGCACCUCUGGCGAACAUGUGAUAUUCGGCGGAGAGCGGUAUGGCACUCCAGAUAGGGGGAAAGCUAGGGAUAUCACCAGCUCAGCAGAGUACUAUGAAGCCUGGGGCGACAAGGACGGCGAGCCAAAGAGUCCUACACGACCACCGAGCAUCCGCCGAAGACAGAGUAUGCAAAUUGUAGAUCUAGAAAACAGACUUCAGUCACUAGCAACUGAGAAUACAAACCUUACGCACGAUAAGGCGAAUGUCGAGAAGAGCCUCAGCGAAGCUAUCACCCGUGGGAAGGGUGAGGCGAAAGCGCUAAAACUUGACCUUGAGGAGAGGAAAGCGCUGCUGGAAGAGAAGGAUAGUCAGAUUGAAGAGUUACAAAAGAAGAUUGAGUGGUAUAGGACGGAAGUCACGAGGUUAAGCCAGACGAAUGACUCCUUGACCCAGAUGAAUACUACCCUCUCGGCGAGCUACAAGUUGAGCUACGCCGCGCUCACGGCCAAGUACGACAAGAAGCAGGAGGCCAUGCUCAAACUCUCACGCGAGCAUUCGGAGCUCCAGCGGAACUUCACGGAGAUGCAGGCGGGCAUGGAAUCCAUCAUCCGCACCGAGUUAUCCGAGAAAGACGCCGAGCUUGAACGCCUGCGCGUGGAACUGGAACGGGCGAGGGAGGAAGUGCGAAAGUUGCAGAACAAGGUCUCCGCACGACAGACAAACAAGUAUGUCGACACCAAGGACAUUGCGUACUUCAAUUCUUCCUGCAAGAAUAUUUUUCAGUCGGUCAAGAUCUUCUGCAAGCAGUUUUCGUCCUUCUCUACCGGUAAGAAGUGUGUUCAUGUUCACAGGAUCACAGAUGAGACCGUCAGGGAUCGAAUCGAGGCGGUCAUGUUGGAUGAUAGGGGUGUUAGGAGGAUGUUGAAAGAAGAGAAGAGGAGGCCGGAGGUGUUUAUGGCCAUUGUCAUGAGAAUGGUUUGGGAGUUGGUCUUUACAAGAUAUUUGUUCGGCUUGGAGGCCGAGGAAAGGAGGAAAUUGCUCUCUUUGGAGAAGAUCCUCACAGACGUUGGUAUGUGUGCACCGUCCAAUUUUUCCCCACCAUAGCAAAAGUACUAAUGGCAUCUUUAGGUGCCCCCGCUGCCGUUCAUCAAUGGCGUGCAACAACCCUAACCCUCCUCUCUCAGCGCCCCGCCUUCCCCCCAAAGCGCAACGCAGACACCGAUUCCGUCACAGCCACAAUCCUAAACCAACUCUCAACUCUCCUCCCGCCCCCGCAACAAUAUACCCAGCUCGCCCACUCGAGCCUAGCCUCCAUCGUAACUUCUGCGGUAGCCCUAGCAAUCGACAUGCGCACCCAGCGCGCAGAAUACGUGAUGCUCCGCCCGCCAGCGCCCACAUACGACGAGAACGGCGAUGUGAAUAAUACAGUCCCCUUCCUUUCCUCCCGCAUGGCGAACCGGGGCUCCGACCCUGCCACAGAUGCGGAGCUGGAGGCCGAGGGUGCGACCGUGAAGGCCAUUCUCUUCCCCAUGGUUAUUCGCCGGGGCAAUGAGUACGGGGAGGGGUACGAGCUUGAGAGCGUGGUCUUAAAAAUGCAGGUCCUUGUUAAUCGGCCGCAGUUGAGGAGCGAGAGCCGCGCGGGUGCCCGAUCCGGGAGGGAGAGGGAGGAGUUGGGCGGGUUGGGAGGGGUUAACCGGCUGACACCGAUUACCGAUGCUAGUCCCCGCACGACGCCAGAAAAGACUCGGAUCACGGAGGUGACAGGGAUGCCGAGGAUUCCGGAGAGCACUAUUCGCUUGGUUAGUGAGGAUGAGGGGAAUGCCAGGAUUGAGAGGAUGCAGAGGAGGAGGGCUAGUGGGAGGAGGAGUGGGAGUGGGAGUGGGAGGGAGUGA